AGAAGAUACAAGAGAUAGAGGAAGAUGAUAAGUGAGAUAAAGGAAAAUGAUAAGUGACCUGCCCAAUGCCUCAAUCAGGUCUAUUACAUUUUUUUUAUUGGUUCAAGUUACAAACAUAAAUAACCAAUGAUCAAGCUAAUUACGUGAAUAUAUGUAAUGAUACUUAGGAUUACUAGCCCGUAUUCUCAAAUACUAAGCAAGGCUGUAGAUGCUAAUGUAAUGUUCUCACGGGUGUUUUCCCUCGAUGAUGAUGCAGAAAACCCUGCUGAAAUAUAGAUGACCACAAAAACAUCUUUGAAAAUUCAUUAACUACACAACUAUGAAACAUUGUGAUGCGAUUGUUGGGUAAAGUGGUGUAGAUCGACAGCAUUCGUUGCCAAGAUAUGCUGUGGCUUAGAGAAGAGAUAUUCAUUAAGGCGUGUAAGAAUGGGAAUGAAUACAUCGGUGGUUAAAAAAAAAAAAUGAUAAUACAAGAGAGAGAGAGAGAGAGAGAGAGAGAGAGAGAGCACUGUUAGAGAAAGAGAAACCAGUCAUACGUGAAAAAGACAAGUGGUUUGGCGGACACACGGUCUUAUGCUCCCCAUGUCCUUUUAACCAGCCACCAAGAAACUGCGACUGACUGGAAUAAUGGACUGGCUGGAACCUUUAUUAUAGACAUGCUGGAACCUUCAUCCCGCUAGUGUUAAUUAGAGUGGGAGGAGGAAAGCUGUCUUCUAAAUUACCUGCAGUUUGAGGACCCCAGGAAGACGCUAGCUGCUGUCUUGGUGAAGGGUAAAGCAUGGGUACCAGCAGCCUGCAGCAGCGUGUGGGCCGGUGGCUGGAGGAGCACCGUGGCCUGGUGGUGGUGCUGGUGGUGCUUCCACUGUCGCUCAUUUUCCACUUCCUCAUGGAACUGAGACAGUGGAUCUUCCGCAAGUAUGUGUCCGCCCCAGAGAAACAUGAUGAACGGGUCAGGAACAUCCAAAAGCAGGUUCUGAGGUGGAAUACACAGCCAAAGGCCAAGAGGAAAUACAUGUGUACAGCUCGACCCAACUGGCAGUCCCUCUCCACCACCUUCUUCAGGAAGGACUUAUGUCACAAGAUCAGUAUUCCUCUUUAUGACAUCCUGGAGCUGAAAGAAUCCAGAAUGAGUGUGCGAGUGGAGCCCAUGGUGAGCGUAGGCCAGGCCACCGCCUUCCUGGUGCCUCGUGGCUACACACUGGCCGUCUGCCUGGAAGUGGCGGAAGCAACCCUGGGAGGCCUGGCCAUGGGUGUUGGCAUGACAACGUACUCCCAUAAGGUUGGACUGUACCAGGAGAGCAUCAUUGCCUACGAGGUGGUGCUGGCUGAUGGCUCUCUGGUCAGGGUCACAAAGGACAAUGAGUACAGUGACCUCUACUACACGCUGCCUUGGUCACAUGGCACGCUGGGCUUCCUGGUGGCCCUGGAGCUGCAGAUUAUAAGAAUAAAGCCACACUUGAAGCUGGAGUACAUUCCUGUGAAGGGUCAGAAGCAAUACUGUGACAUGAUGAGGAAGUUAUCUGGGGCCCUUGACAAGAACUACCCAACUCCUGACUACGUGGAAGGCACAGUGUUCUCCAAGGAUGAAGCUGUUAUCAUGGUUGGGAAGUUUGCAGAUGUCCCUCACAAUGAGAGGCACAAGAUCAAUCAUGUCACCAGGUGGUACAAGCCCUGGUUCUACAAACAUGUGGAGAGCUUCCUGAAGCGAGGUCGUGACCAUGAGUAUGUGCCACUAGAAGACUACUUGCUACGACACAACCGUGCAAUCUUCUGGGUGGUUGAGACCAUGAUCCCCUUCGGCAACAACCCUCUCUUCCGAUUGCUGUGUGGGUGGCUGUUGCCUCCCAAGAUUGCCUUCCUCAAGUUCACCACCACACCAGGAGUUCGGGCCAUGACCUUCACCAAGCAGGUCUUCCAGGAUAUUGUCCUCCCUAUGAACCAGUUAGAAGACCAAAUUGACAUCUGUGAAGAGUUGUUUGACCUCUACCCGGUAUUGAUCUAUCCGUGCCGGGUGUACAACCAUGGCCCACACAGGGGUCAGCUGAGGCCACCUCAUCCAGAGCAGAUGGUGCCAGGAGCCAAUUAUGGUAUGUUCAAUGACCUUGGUGUGUAUGGAGUGCCCAAGGCAGUGAAGGAGAAGAAAAGGUUUGAUGCUGUGGCAGCCAUGAGGAAGAUGGAAAAGUUCACUGCUGAUGUUGGAGGCUACCCAUUCCUUUAUGCUGACACCUUCAUGACUCAAGAGGAGUUUGAGAAAAUGUUUGACUUGACAGCAUAUGAGCAAGUGCGUCGAAAGUACAAUGCUGAAGGAGCCUUCCCUCACCUUCAUGAUAAGAUAAAGCCAGAGAUUGAUGUGUUUGCAGUUGGCAAGGAAUACAUUGAUCCUUUGUAGUUCAGGUAGACAGACAGUUAAGAGAAAGUCACUUUUAAUUUAAGUCACUCUAAUUGCUGAGAAAAUGUAUCAGUUGGGAUGUGCAUAUAUUUCAAGUUGGAAAACAGACUAUGUGCAUUGUAAUUUGUGAUUAAAACCAUGAAUGGGAUGGAUGAACAGUGUGAAUAGAGUUGGAUGUGAGAUAUCUGUAUAAAAGAUAUUUGUAUGUAUGUGAGAUAUAUACAGAUAAGGCAGGUGGCACAUAAUAAGAAUGAAUGGAGAGCAGUUAUGUAUGUAUAAAUGUGAUGUGGCUUUGAUUUAGUUUAAUCAGCUCAGGUCACAUGUGGGAAGAAAAAUAUGUCUGUAGUGCCAAAGAUAAACCAGUUCUUGUCAGUCUCUGAUGUGGAGAGAUCUGGAUGUGCUGUGCAACUGAUCCAUGUGUAGUGUGACUGGUGAUAAUUAGUCCUGAGGGAUUUUCUGUGUGUGUGUGUGUGUGUGUGUGUGUGUGUGUGUGUGUGUGU